AUGCGUCCUCAGAACACAGAGAUUCAGAGACUCCUGCAGAAAGCCUGUGCUGACGCCCUGGACAUUCAUCCAGUCAAACCACACUCCAGAGGAACAGAGGGCAUUGUGGACGGUCAGAGUGACAGACGCAGACUGGCGAGAGGAGAGACAGUGGACAGCAGCGGCCCGUUCUGCCACCCGCAGUCACAACACACUCCGAGCAGGAGCCUGACCCGCUGCCACACCAUCAGCCAGGACCUGACCCAGCACUCGCUGCAGGAGCCCAACGGGGCCGACGUGGAGGAGGAAGACACACAGCCCAGAGGAAGUGAUGCAGAGACCGCUGCCACAGAAAUGGACAGUCAGUUGAAGAGUGUACAGGAUGUGAAGUGGAACCACAAGCAAGAAUUCAAAUUCUUGUCACUCAAAGCGCAACCGCACUGUCGAAAUGCUGCCCAUGAGGCCAUCAGAUUAUCUGGGACUGUAGAAGCAAAUCUUGAAGUGGACUGUAGAAGGUGGGAAUGUAAACUGGGAGUGUACAGAUUAACUGGAAGUGUAGAAGAUAAACUGGGAGUGUACAGAUUAACUGGAAGUGUAGAAGAUAAACUGGGAGUGUACAGAUUAACUGGAAGUGUAGAAGAUAAACUGGGAGUGUACAGAUUAACUGGAAGUGUAGAAGAUAAACUGGGAGUGUACAGAUUAACUGGAAGUGUAGAAGAUAAACUGGGAGUGUACAGAUUAACUGGAAGUGUAGAAGAUAAACUGGGAGUGUACAGAUUAACUGGAAGUGUAGAAGAUAAACUGGGAGUGUACAGAUUAACUGGAAGUGUAGAAGAUAAACUGGGAGUGUACAGAUUAACUGGAAGUGUAGAAGAUAAACUGGGAGUGUACAGAUUAACUGGAAGUGUAGAAGAUAAACUGGGAGUGUACAGAUUAACUGGAAGUGUAGAAGAUAAACUGGGAGUGUACAGAUUAACUGGAAGUGUAGAAGAUAAACUGGGAGUGUACAGAUUAACUGGAAGUGUAGAAGAUAAACUGGGAGUGUACAGAUUAACUGGAAGUGUAGAAGAUAAACUGGGAGUGUACAGAUUAACUGGAAGUGUAGAAGAUAAACUGGGAGUGUACAGAUUAACUGGAAGUGUAGAAGAUAAACUGGGAGUGUACAGAUUAACUGGAAGUGUAGAAGAUAAACUGGGAGUGUACAGAUUAACUGGAAGUGUAGAAGAUAAACUGGGAGUGUACAGAUUAACUGGAAGUGUAGAAGAUAAACUGGGAGUGUACAGAUUAACUGGAAGUUUAGAAGAUAAACUGGGAGUGUACAAAUUAACUGGAAGUGUAGAAGAUAAACUGGGAGUGUACAGAUUAACUGGAAGUGUAGAAGAUAAACUGGGAGUGUACAGAUUAACUGGAAGUGUAGAAGAUAAACUGGGAGUGUACAGAUUAACUGGAAGUUUAGAAGAUAAACUGGGAGUGUACAAAUUAACUGGAAGUGUAGAAGAUAAACUGGGAGUGUACAAAUUAACUGGAAGCAUUAAAGGUAAAGUGGGAGUGUACAGAUUAACUGAGACUGCAGAUGGGAAACUGGGAAUGUAGAGAUUAAGUGGGAGUAUAGAGGGUGAACAGGCAGUAAAGACAUUAGUUGUGAAUGGAUAGUGAGUUGGGAGUACAGAGAUGAACUAGAAAUGCAGACAGUAAACUAAGUAGAGUCUGGGUGUGAGGAAAUUAACUAAAAGUGAGAUUAAGUGAAAUAAAUUGGAACUGGGAUUGCACAGAUUAAAUGGGACUCUGGAGGGUGCACUGGAGUGUGAAGUAGGAUUGCUAAUAUUGACUAGGGUAGGGCUCUUCAACUCUGGUCUCGGAGAGUCACUGCAGCAGAGUUUAGCCCGAGCCCUAAUUAAACACACCUGAACAAGUUAACCAAGAUCUCUGGGAUUAUGAGAAAAUCAAAGGGAAUUUGACUGGGGUUGGAGCUAAACUCUGCAUGACAGUUGCCCUCCAGGACCUUUGGGAAUUGGAAGUUUAGCAAUUAACUGUGUGGAUAGGGAGUGUAGAGAUUAACUAAGGCUGUGACUGAAAUCACUGCACAUACCCUUAUAGUGUACUAUUUGGGAGGACAGGCAUUUGUUGUGGUGUCUGAAACCCAUAUCGGACAUUAACAAGUGCACUCAUUCAAUCCCAUAAUGCACCACAAUAAUGGGUGUACAACCAAUGUACACUCAACGGGUAACUGCUAGACAAUACCCAUGCACUGUGAGGAUCACACGAAGGAAAUGCUACUUCUCACCAGAAGAUGUCUGCAGUACUGUAGGGAAGUAAUGUAGGGGAGAGCAAAUAUAAGGAAUAGCAAUUAAUGUAGGGAACAGCAAAUAAAGGUAUAGGGGGUCAAUUUCAGGAACAGUAUAAAAGUGUGGGUGAAUUUGGGAGUGUAGAAUUUGAACUGUGAGUGUAGAGACAAACUGGGAAUGAAGGGAUUAACAAGAAAUGUUAAGGGUUAACUGUGCAAAACUGUAACAUCUUUCUCAAUAUUUGGACACAGCAAUAUCCAUUGUAAUAUUAACUAAAAAUAAACAUUAAAAAUGUCUGUGCAAUUAAAUGAACAUUAAUUCAAAGUAAAAUCAUGAUACUGUAUCACUAUUUAAUUCACGAAGUCCCUUGUU